AUGAAAAGAAUUGUCGGUCAAGAAUCAGCAGCGUGGCAGAAUGGAGAACUUGAAAAACAGAUAGUACUAGUUCAAGACGAGUUGCGUAAAACGGAUUACACUUGGGACCAUGACGACGAUUUGAUGAAGGAGAGUGCAAGACACAAGGUUUACCAAGACACCAUAGAAACUCUUAGGGAACAACUGCCAGCCUUGAAAGACAAGAUUAAAAAAGCUAAGAUUUGUGGAGCCGACUGCAAACUAAAACACGACGACCUCAACAUAAAUCUGGACCUUCUUACACCGGCAGAGUUGUUGCGGACGGUGAAAAGAUUUGAGCGUCUGAAAACAGACUUGAUAAGUACGCUGCGAAGCAAAGAAUGGCGUUUGGACUCGGAGUCUAAGUUGUUCGUGAGAGUGAACGACCAAAGAACUUACUUGCAGAACGAGCUGAUGAUAUGUCAGAACAAUAUCAUGCGCCUGCAGAAGAAUAGCAGCUACUGGCAGUAA